AUGAUGAUGGAGUCCAGUAUCAACAGCGCAACAAUCUUACCACCCUAUGAAGAAGAAUUCGAACCAGUUGAUAAUCUUCAUUGGUCUCCAGAAACAAGCAAACAGCAUUUAUUUGCUUUUAAUACACCAGCUUCAAGCAUCGAGGUUCAUCCUUGGGUGAUUACUAACACUCACACCAAGUUUCGUCAAGAUCCAUCAAGAAACCAGCUCUCUAUCGUGUCUGUUAUGCCGAAUGAAUGGCCGGAAUGGAAGAAAAGGUAUGGACGCUACCGAAUUGCUGCUAAACGUCAUAAAGAAGAUGCUGAAGUUCAGAUAAAUAAUUUGAUUUAUUGUAUGGGUGAUGAGGCGGAAUCUAUAUAUGAAAGAUUUUCGUUUGGUGAAGAUGAAGAAAAUGUCUAUGAUGAUGUAAUGGAUAAAUUUGAAGACCUCUUCAUACCAAGAGAAAGGGCUAUAUUCCAUGAUCGUAAACAAAAAGAAGGAGAAAGUGUUGAAGUUUUUCUAGAAGUUUAUUUAAAUUGGCUGAAACAUGUGAUUAUGGAAACAAUAAAGAAGACCAAAUUAGAGACAAAUUUAUAUGGGGUUUAA